AUGCCGCUAUUAGAAGAUACUGUGGGAGUGGAGGACCUUGUCCUCCUGGAACCCUUGGAGGAGAAAUCUAUGCUUGAGAACCUUCAGCUUCGCUAUGAAAACAAGGAAAUUUAUACCUACAUUGGGAACGUGAUAAUCUCAGUGAAUCCCUAUCAACAGCUACCCAUCUAUGGCCCAGAAUUCAUUGCCAAAUACCAGAACUAUACCUUCUAUGAGCUGAAACCUCAUAUCUAUGCCUUGGCAAAUAUGGCAUACCAGUCACUGAGGGAUCAGGAUCGAGACCAGUGUAUCGUCAUCACAGGCGAGAGUGGCUCUGGAAAGACUGAGGCUAGCAAGCUGGUGAUGUCCUACGUGGCUGCUGUCUGUGGGAAAGGGGAGCAGGUGAAUUUGGUGAAGGAGCAGCUGCUCCAAUCAAACCCAGUGCUGGAGGCUUUUGGCAAUGCCAAGACCAUCCGCAAUAACAACUCUUCUAGAUUUGGAAAAUAUAUGGAUAUCGAGUUUGACUUCAAGGGAUCUCCCCUCGGUGGUGUCAUCACAAACUAUCUGCUUGAGAAAUCCCGAGUGGUGAAGCAGCUCCAAGGAGAAAGGAACUUCCAUAUCUUCUAUCAGCUGUUGGCUGGAGCAGACGCACAGCUGCUGAAGGCCCUGAAGCUGGAACAAGACAUAAGUUGCUAUACCUAUCUGAACCCUGAGGUGUCCAGAAUAGGUGGCAUGGAUGAUGCCUCCAACUUCAGGGCUGUUCAGAGGGCAAUGACCGUGAUUGGGUUCUCAGAGGAGGAAAUUCGACAAGUGUUGGAGGUAACUGCUCUGGUGCUGAAGCUGGGGAACGUGGAGAUGACUGACGAAUUCCAAGCCAAUGGGAUACCAGCAAGUGGCAUCCGUAACGGGAAAGGUAUUCAAGAGAUUGGGGAGAUGGUGGGUUUGAAUUCUGAGGAACUAGAGAGAGCCUUGUGCUCAAGAACCAUGGAAACAGCCAAAGAAAAGGUAGUCACAGUAUUGAAUGUCAUCCAGGCUCAGUAUGCACGAGAUGCUCUAGCUAAGAAUAUCUACAACCGCCUCUUCAACUGGAUAGUGAAUCGAAUCAACGAAAGCAUCAAGGUAGGCACUGGAGAGAAGAAGAAGGUUAUGGGGGUCCUGGAUAUCUAUGGCUUUGAAAUACUGGAGGAUAAUAGCUUUGAGCAGUUUGUGAUCAACUACUGCAAUGAGAAGCUACAGCAGGUAUUCAUAGAACUGACCCUAAAGGAAGAGCAAGAGGAGUACAAGAGAGAGGGCAUAGCAUGGACAAAGGUGGACUACUUUGAUAAUGGCAUCAUCUGUAACCUCAUUGAGCAUAACCAGCGAGGCAUCCUGGCUAUGCUGGAUGAAGAGUGUCUGCGCCCUGGAGUGGUCAGUGACUCCACUUUCCUAGCAAAGCUGAACCAGCUCUUCUCCAAGCAUAGUCACUAUGAGAGCAAAGUUACCCAGAAUGCCCAGCGCCAGUACGACCAUACCAUGGGACUCAGCUGCUUCCGUAUCUGCCAUUAUGCAGGCAAGGUAACAUACAAUGUGGCUGGCUUCAUUGACAAGAACAAUGACCUGCUCUUCCGAGACCUGUCCCAGGUCAUGUGGAAGGCUCGCCAUCCUCUCCUUCAUUCCUUGUUCCCUGAGGGAAAUCCCAAGGAAGCAUCUCUCAAGCGCCCUCUGACUGCUGGGGCCCAGUUUAAGAGUUCUGUGGCCAUACUCAUGAAGAACUUGUAUUCCAAGAACCCGAACUAUAUCAGGUGCAUAAAGCCUAAUGAGCAUCAACAGCGUGGUCAGUUUUCUUCAGAGCUGGUAGUAGUCCAGACACGGUACUUGGGGUUGCUCGAGAAUGUACGGGUGCGCCGAGCUGGCUAUGCCUUCCGCCAGGGCUACAAGCCCUUCCUGGAAAGGUACCGACUGCUGAGCCCGUGCACUUGGCCUUACUGGAAUGGGGGAGACAGGGAGGGGGUUGAGAAGGUCCUGGGGGAACUGAGCAUAUCUUCAGAGGAGCUAGCCUAUGGAAAAACAAAGCUCUUCAUCAAAAGCCCCAAGACUCUUUUCUACCUGGAGGAGAAGAGGCACCUGAGACUCCAGCAACUGGCUAUCCUCAUACAGAAGGUUUACCGAGGCUGGCGCUGCCGUACCCACUACCAGCUCAUGCGGAAGAGUCAGAUUCUCAUCUCUGCUUGGUUUCGGGGUAACAAGCAAAAGAAACACUAUGGGAAGAUGAAGGCAUCGGCAUUGCUGAUCCAAGCUUUUGUGAGAGGAUGGAAGGCUCGUAAGAAUUAUCGAAGAUAUUUCCGGUCAGGAGCUACCCUCACCUUGGCAAAUUUCAUCUACAGGAGCAUAGCACAGAAAUUCCUGCUUGGCCUGAGGAACAAUUUGCCAUCCACCAAUGUCUUGGACAACAGGUGGCCAGCUGCCCCUUACAGUUGCUUUAACACAGCUAAUCGGGAGCUGCAGCAGAUCUUCCGCCAGUGGAAGUGCAAGAAGUUCAGAGAUCAGCUGUCCCCAAAGCAGGUGCAGACACUGAAGGAAAAGCUCUGUGCCAGUGAACUGUUCAAAGGGAAGAAGGCUUCCUAUCCCCAGAGUGUCCCAGUUCCAUUCCGUGGUGACUACGUUGGGCUUCAGGGAAAUCCCAAACUGCAGAAGCUGCAAGGGAGGGAUGAAGGGCCUGUUCUGAUGGCAGAGACUGUGAAGAAGGUCAACCGUGGCAAUGGCAAGACUUCUGCUCGAAUUCUUCUUCUGACCAAGGGGCAUGUGAUUAUCACAGACACCAAGAAAUUCCAGGCCCAAACCAUCAUUGGGCUGGAUAGUGUGGCUGAAGUGUCAGUCAGCAGCCUCCAGGAUGGGCUUUUCAGCUUGCAUCUGAAUGAGAUAACAUCAGUGGGCUCCAAGGGAGACAUCCUGUUGAUCAGUGACCAUGUGGUUGAAUUACUGACAAAAAUGUACCAGGCUGUUCUGGAUGCCACACAGAGGCAGCUUUCUGUCACCGUGACUGAGAAGUUUUCAGUGAGGUUCAAGGACAAAAGCGUGGCUGUCAAGGUUAUCCAGGGCCCUGUAGGUGGUGGGAAGAACAAACUAAUUUGCAAGAAGAAGGGGAGUCACCUGGAGGUCACGGUGCAGUGA